CAAAUAUUGGAGCAGCUUUGGUCGAGUUAUAGCAGAUUGACACAGAUUUCGAGUAUAAAAGUUAAUCAGCUAAGCCACAGGUUUAGUAUAAAGGGACGCCUUUAUCCAGCAAUUCUACCUGUUGAAAGCAAGGAGGUUUCAGGAAAGGUUCUCCAGGGAAUUACAGAUCUUGAGUUAGAUGCCCUUGAUGCAUUUGAAGAUGUGGAAUAUAAGAGAGAAACUGUUGAGAUCUCUUUGAUUGAUACUUCAGAGGAACUACAAGCAUAUGCAUAUAUUUGGGCAGAUAAAGAUGAUCCUGACCUGUAUGGCGAGUGGGAUUUUGAGGAGUGGAAGAGGCUGCACAUGAAGGAAUUUCUUGCAAUGACACAGUCAUUCUUGGAGGAGACUGAACGAUCAGAAUCAACAUCGAGAGUACGAGUGUUUACGGAGAUGGAGCCACCAAAAUCACAAGACUGAGGGUAUCGAUCAGCAUAUAAAACCCCUACUGCUGCUGUUCACGAGCCUUGAAAAUGGCUGUUCUUAAUUAUUAGAUGUUUCUAUUGGUUUUUGAUAGAGAACUAUAGAUGAAAUAAUGCCAGCUGCUACGACAAAUUAACAGAAGAAGCUCGAUGUUAACUUGCCAUGCGUAUGAAAAGUUAAUUACGCGCAUGCAUGCCUUUAAAAUUCAUUCAGACUUAAAUCCCA